CUUGUCAAAUGAAACUUCGUUGAUAGUUAAGAUUUUAUACAAUAAAUACUUAUAGUUCCAAGAAACCAAACUUUUUAUUUGCAUAAAUAUGUUUUAACUAAGAAGACGAAAAGCGGUCACAUAAAUGAUUUAUCUGAAUAUUUCCUCAUGUGUAAACUAAGACAUACAAAAAUUGAGACUUAACCUGUGAACUGUUUUGUUAAGUAAUUUAAUUGUUUUAUUUGAAAAUAACACCCGCUCAAACGGUUUUUAACAUUUUUAAACAUGGAUGUAGCUGAUACAUAUUCAACACAAAAGCAAGUAAAGGACGAUGUAGGUGUACGUUGUCAAAAGCUGUUUCAAGAUUUUUUAGAAGAGUUCAAAGAAGAUAAUGAAAUUAAAUAUGAAAAACCGGCGAAAGAACUAAUAAAACCUGAAGCAAGUACUUUAGAAGUCAGUUUUGAUGACGUUGAAAGAUACAACCAGAAUCUGGCUACAACUAUUAUUGAAGAAUAUUACAGGAUAUAUCCAUUUCUGAACCAAGCUAUAUUAAACUAUGUGUUAAGUAUAACUGAUAAUAAUGUUAAAAAGGAACUAAUAGGCAAAGAAUGUUAUGUGUCAUUUGUAGAUGUGCCUACAAGGCAUAAAGUGAGAGAAUUAACAACAGCUAAGAUUGGGACAUUGAUAAGAAUCUCAGGGCAAAUUGUAAGAACUCAUCCUGUACACCCAGAGUUAGUUUUGGGCACAUUUGUAUGUUUAGACUGUCAGACUGUAGUGAAAAAUGUUGAACAACAAUUUAAGUACACAUUACCUGCAAUAUGUCGGAAUCCUGUUUGCGCGAACCGAAGACGAUUCAUGCUAGACGCUGACAAAUCAGUUUUUGUUGACUUCCAAAAGAUAAGAAUCCAAGAGACUCAGGCGGAAUUACCCCGCGGUUGUAUUCCACGCUCACUUGAAGUUAUACUCAGAGCAGAAGCUGUUGAAUCUGUGCAGGCAGGUGACAGAUACGAUUUCACAGGUACACUUAUAGUAGUACCAGAUGUGGGUUCCUUAUCAUUACCUGGAGCCAAGGCUGAACUCACCACAAGGACUCGGCAGGGGAAUGAAGGACAGAUGGAAGGUAUCAAAGGAUUGAAAGCUUUGGGUGUACGGGAAUUGCAUUACAAGACAGCGUUCCUCGCGUGCAGCGUGCAGGCGAUGUCGCGUCGCUUCGGCGCCGCCGACAUCGCAGCCGACGACCUCACUACUGACGAUAUGAGGAAACAUAUGACCGAUAAGGAAUGGAACCAGGUAUAUGAGAUGACAAAAGACAGGAAUCUAUACAAUAAUCUAAUAACAAGUUUAUUUCCAAGCAUACACGGGAACAAUGAAGUAAAACGAGGGAUUCUAUUAAUGUUGUUUGGAGGCGUCGCUAAAACUACUAUUGAAGGUAGGAUCUGUUUCUACUUCGCCCUCGUGAAAUUAAAAAAUAACUUAUCGAGGUUCUACCGUAUUUACCCUUGUAUAAGUCGGGCAAAACUCCAGGACGAGGAGUCGUUCGACUUCGUGAUCGAGGCGGGCGCGCUGAUGCUGGCCGACAACGGCGUCUGCUGCAUCGACGAGUUCGACAAGAUGGACCCUGGGGACCAGGUCGCCAUACACGAGGCCAUGGAACAGCAAACCAUUUCUAUUGCUAAGGCCGGAGUAAGAGCAACUUUAAACGCAAGAACAUCAAUACUAGCAGCCGCUAACCCUGUAGGGGGUAGAUACGAUCGUGCUAAAUCUUUACAACAAAACGUAGCACUAAGCGCACCUAUUAUGUCGCGUUUCGAUCUAUUCUUCAUAUUAAUAGAUGAAAGCAGCGAAAUGGUAGAUUAUGCGAUCGCAAGGAAAAUUGUCGAUUUACACUGCAAUAAGGAAGAAACUUACGAUUGUGUGUAUUCAAGAGAAGAUCUGUUAAGAUAUAUCGCGUUUGCGAGGUCCUUCAAGCCAUUUAUCACUGAAGAAGCGGGAAAACUUCUAGUAGAGUACUAUACAGUGUUGCGAGGGCGGGACGCAGGCGGCGCGGGCGCGGGGGCGGGGGCGGGGGCGUGGCGCAUCACAGUGCGACAGUUGGAGUCGCUGGUGAGGCUGGCGGAGGCGGUCGCCAAGCUGCACUGCAGCGGAGCUGUCACUGAACACCAUGUACAUGAAGCUUACAGGUUACUAAACAAAUCGAUAAUCCGAGUAGAACAACCUGACAUACAUUUGGAUGAAGAUGACCCUCAGUCUGAACCUAUGAUGGAGGUUGACCAAGAUCCGUCUACUGCUACCACUGUGAACGGAGACUCAUCUGGAAAGAAGAAACUAACCCUAUCAUUUGAAGAGUACAAAUCUCUGAGUCAUAUGCUUGUUGUGUUUAUGAGAAAAGAGGAGAGUGAAGCUGAAUCUAGAGGAGAGGAGAGCGCAGGUAUGCGCAAAAGUGCAGUUGUGAACUGGUAUUUAGAGCAACUAGUGACACAAGGACAAAUAGAAAACGAAGACGAAUUGGUAGAACGGAAAGUUCUGGUUGAAAAAGUUAUUGAAAGGCUCAUGUAUCAUGAUCAAGUUAUAAUACCCCUAACUACAACUGGGCUAAAAGCGACACAGAAAUCAUCAGAACAGGAGAUAGAAGACGAUCCAUUAUUAGUUGUUCACCCGAACUUCGUGGUUGACUCAUAAUUGAUUUUUAAUUUUUUUAAUAAUUAAGCUGGUCUUUUUAUAAUAAUGAAUAAUGUUUUUUA